UCCUCUCUCUUUGUUAAUGGCAAAGUUGCAAUUUUUUUCUCCAGCACGCGGGUUUCUUUCCCAUGAUCGCUGGAUUAAUUGCGCUAGAGAUGUCUAUGUGGUGUGACUGGAUUUUAGAUUGCCCUGGAUUGUUUCGAAUCUUAUUUCGUCUGCCUUGGAGUCUAAUUAUGGGUUACCGUAUCGUUAAUAUUUCUUUUUGCUAUUUACAAAUAUAAGGAUUAAUUGUACAAGUGACGGUGAAUUUUUGAAGAACACUGAGAAAGCAUUUCUUACUGAAUCGAGUUACGCCUCUCCCUCCCCACAAUCCCAAGUCCUCCCCACACCCCCUUCUUUUCUGCGCAUCAGGAUUUUAUACAUCCUUACUUCAGCUACAGGACAUGGAAGAUGUGAAGCUAAACAAGUGAGCAAGAUAAUAGUGGAAGACGCAGAAGUGUGUACAACAUACUUAUAUAUAUUUAUUAGGCAGGCAGUGAAUAAGAACGUAAACGUUUUUAGGCUAAAUAAUACUUCGUAUAAACUUGAAGCUAUGUAAUUUGAGAAAUGAAUGACUUUGGACUUGGAACUUGGAUUGCACUUUUCAUGCUGGUAAAACCGAGCUUUUGGCUUGAUGAAAUGAUAUCGAGCUUUGUUGACAGAGAAGUUAUGAGCUCAGGAGGCUUCUCCAAAGGAGGGUGUUAGAGAUAAUGAGAUAUUAGUGAAUGCUGUCAUUGGGCCUUGUUCUAACAACUUAAACUUCUGUAAGAGUUAGUUUUAUAAUUACAGGAAUAGUCUACAAUGGCACUUACCUUUAAUGCUUGGAGAGGAAGAUUUGGUGCAGGCAACGCAAGUCACCUUCGAGAAUAAAAAAAUAAACUACAUUGCAGGGCCUUGCUCUUGCUACUGAUUGAAAUUGGUUAGAUGGCGGAGAAGUCAUGCAUCAAGCGCCUUCAGAAAGAAUAUAGAGCCCUAUGCAAAGAGCCUGUAUCCCAUGUUGUUGCCCGCCCUUCACCAAAUGAUAUUCUUGAGUGGCAUUACGUGUUGGAGGGAAGUGAAGGAACACCCUUUGCAGGUGGAAAUUAUCAUGGAAAAAUCAAAUUUCCUCCUGAAUAUCCAUAUAAACCACCUGGAAUAAGUAUGAUUACACCUAAUGGCCGGUUCAUGACUCAAAAAAAGAUUUGUUUGUCUAUGAGUGAUUUUCAUCCUGAAAGCUGGAAUCCUAUGUGGUCUGUGUCAAGCAUACUUACAGGGCUCCUUUCAUUCAUGAUGGACAACAGUCCAACCACUGGUAGUGUGGAUACUACCACUGCCGAGAAGCAGCGACUAGCCAAAAUUUCCCUUGCUUUCAAUUGCAAGAACGCAACAUUCCGGAAAAUGUUCCCCGAGUAUGUUGACAAGUACAACCGCCAGCAGCAACACCUUUCUGAGAAAGUUGAUUCUGGGAGGUCAUCAUCAGACACAUCUCGUGAUGAAAGACCGAGGCUCUUGUCAGAAAAGGUCUCAGAUACUACAGGAGGAGACAUGAAAAGAGAAGAGGGGUUGGAGGAUGUCAGAAAGAAGAGAAAGCAGUCUUUCCCGACGUGGAUGAUGUUGUUACUCUUGUCCAUCUUUGGAGUUGUAAUGGCAUUGCCUCUGCUUCAGCUAUGAUAACAAGCCUCACUGUCCUGGGACUUAUUGUCAAUAUGCUUCUUAGACGUUGUCAUGCUUAACAUGAUUUGUACGGGGAACUCAUGGGAAUGGAGGUUGUCCUCUAUUUAUGCCGAUUUUCCUCCUCUGUGUCUAUGUUGCUUGCUUGGGAUUCAGAGCUAAGAAGUAACGAGUUACGUGCUUGAUCUAUUUUGUGGUUUGUCUUCUGGUAUUGUUGGCUGGUAAUUAAAUGUUAUGUAAGAAGUAAAGAGAGAAUUGCCAACCGAA